ACUACUUCACUUUCUUCCGUUUGUGUUCAUCUCAGAUCAGACGGUGCUUCAAUGGCCGACGCUGGUGGUUCAGCCUCAGCCAAGAAGAUGAUGUGUUCGGUCCCCGAAAGGCUUCAGCUGCACAUGGCGAUGCUGGCCUUGCAGUUCGGUUAUGCAGGGUUCCAUGUGGUUUCAAGAGCCGCCCUUAAUAUGGGCGUUAGCAAACUUGUGUUUCCAGUAUAUAGGAACAUCAUUGCUUUACUUCUGCUCUUACCCUUUGCUUAUUUUCUUGAAAAGAAGGAGAGACCAGCCAUUACUUUGAAUUUUCUUAUGCAGUUUUUCCUCCUAGCUCUUGUUGGAAUCACAGCUAAUCAAGGUUUCUACUUGUUGGGCUUAGACAACACAUCACCAACUUUUGCAUCAGCAAUCCAAAACUCUGUCCCUGCCAUUACCUUCCUCAUGGCAGCCGUACUAAGGAUAGAGAAAGUGAGGCUAGAUAGAAAAGAUGGGAUAUCCAAAGUUAUUGGAACAGUCCUGUGUGUGGCAGGAGCAUCAGUUAUAACACUAUACAAAGGACCAACCAUAUACAGCCCGGUUACACCUCUGAACAAACCCACACCAAUGUUUGUUUCAUUGGGAGACUCAAACGGAAAGAACUGGACCCUCGGCUGUCUCUAUCUAAUCGGCCAUUGUCUGUCCUGGUCCGCUUGGCUGGUGUUGCAGGCACCGGUGCUGAAGAAGUACCCGGCUCGACUCUCCGUCACAUCUUACACAUGUUUCUUCGGUCUCAUUCAGUUCCUCAUCAUUGCGCUAGUUUUCGAGAGAGACACUCAAGCUUGGAUGUUCCACUCUGGCGGCGAACUCUUCACUAUUCUCUACGCGGGAGUGGUGGCAUCAGGGAUUGCAUUCGCGGUACAGAUAUGGUGCAUUGACAGAGGCGGCCCUGUUUUCGUUGCUGUUUAUCAACCAGUUCAGACUCUUGUUGUCGCUAUCAUGGCUUCCAUUUCUCUAGGGGAACAGUUCUAUUUGGGAGGAAUCAUUGGAGCAGUGUUGAUUAUAGUGGGACUGUAUUUAGUGCUAUGGGGGAAAAGCGAAGAGAGGAACUUCGCAGCACAAGAAAAGAGAACACUUGAAUCUACACCGGAGCACGGCCCAACAUCUCUAACGCACCCAUUACUCCGCCACUCAACGGAAAAUGUUUAACUUUAAAAUCCCCAUAACCUUUUGACCAUGGCGGAAACAACCACGAAUGAGAGGUGGCGGACUCUACCGUUGUAUCAGAAAGUUUGUGUGUGUGUUUUUCUUUUUCUCUUAGUUAGUUAAUGGCUUUCUCUAAGUUGCAGAAAGGACUAAAGGAGAAGCCAUGUUUUGUUCAAGGGUUGAUGAUGAUGCUCCCAUAUGCUUUUUCUUAUGUUUUGGUGAUUUGCUUUUUAGGGGGAAAGUUGUGGAGUUAAUGGUAGAAAUCAUUAUGAUGUAUGAUGGCAAAAUACAUGCUGCUCUUUCUCUUCUUCCAAAAUCA